CCACGCUGCGUGUAUUCAUUAAAAAUCAACUGUUUGAUCGACCUCUUCUGGACCAUCAUUGUUUUACUCUCGUCCUCAAUUUCGGACCCGCAACAGAGUAAAACAUGUGUACAAAUUAAACAUUAAAUCCUACGAUUUCCUUCAUCUUCCUUCAAACUCUCUCUGUUUUAUUGUCUCUGUGUAAACGAAGAUGAUCCUUAUAAAAGAUAAGUAAAAUAUCUUCAGUUUCUUAUUGUCGACAACAGUCACGAGAAUCGUCAGUGUGGGAUGGACUCUGGCUCUUUCUUCCCCAAGUUUUCUUCCUGUUACGCCCACAUCGCAACCGAAAGUGUAACUAAUUGUAUCUGUUAGAUUUGUAUAGUAAUUUAGUGAAAUAAAGCCUACAAAUGUAUUACAGAGCACCGUGUUAAGAUGUAGUAUCAUAUCAUGGUGUCUGCGUUGCUUAUCUUCGGAUAUGCCGUCGUCUUCAUAGUGCCCGUGUUAUCCUGUCGCCCAAAGGAGUAUAAAACAAAUGAUGGACAGUGCUGCCCGACGUGCAACGAAGGUAGAGUUGUUCAGAGAGACUGCACAGCAUUUUCAGGAACUCAGUGCCGUUCAUGUGACCUGGGGACUUUCAUGAACCAACCCAAUGGUCUGUAUAACUGUUUCCCCUGCACUACCUGUGAUACAGGUCAUGGUCUCUCUGUCAAGCAGAAGUGUACAGCAACAACUGACACAGUCUGUGAUGUUUUAAAUGGAUAUCACUGCAAAGGCUUGACAGACAGUAACGGAUGUAGUUUGGCAGAGAAACAUUCACAGUGUGCAGCUGGUCAGAGGAUAAAAGAACCUGGAACCAGCAGAAAUGACACAGUGUGUGAAGACUGUGAGCCAGGAUUCUUUUCCAAGGACGGUGUGAACUGCACAGGUUGGACGAUUUGCUCUGAAAGCCAGAUUAAAGUUGAAGAAGGAACCUCAACCAGUGACGUCGUCUGUGGAAGCGCACCAAGACAUCAUUAUGGUUUAAUUUCAUCUGUUAUGCUUUUCCUAAUAAUAGUAAUUUGCCUUGUGAUAGCAGGAUUUGUGAAAGCACGUAAGUACCAUCUAACCAGUGUCAAAUCUGCUCACUCUGCACAGCACCUACAGUCACUAACAUGUUAAUAACUCUGUUUUUUCAGGAAACCAGAUAAAAGCAGAAAAUAAUUGCUCAGGGACCACCGACGAUGUCUGAGACUCUGGUUUCAUGGCCUGAUGGCAGAAUGCGAACCUCCUGUUCGCAAUCUCUCCAACAUUUUAAAGGCAGGAGUGAUGUCCUGACAUUGAUGAUGGCUUCACCUGCUUCGGGACUCACUGUUCAACGUGGCACUUACACACAUGUGCACAGCUGUUUAAUCAAAGUGAUGCUGCAGUCAUCUGUUGAGUGUGCUGACCAGCCAUCACCAGUCCGGUUUUCUCUGCUUGAUGCUCGCUCCAUUACAGACAAACCACUUAUUCUAAAUGAUCUCUUCAUCAAGGAGUCUCCAGACUUCAUGCUCCUCACUGAGACAUUGCAGCAGGAUAUGGAUCAUGUUUAUUUUGAGGAAAUCCGGACAGCUGGCAUUUCCGUCAUUGUAACUGGGUGUCUUUCGGGAUGUGGCAGAGGACUUUCUGCUGUGUACCAGCACAGACUCACAUGCAGGCUGAUGAAGUCAGACUCUAUUUCUUCAUUUAAGUUACAGAUGAUUAGGGUCGGUUCUUUGAAAACCUUUUAUUGUAUUUUGAUCUACCAACCUCCUGGUGUUGCCAGAGUGUUUUCAGCUGAAUUCAGCAACCUUUCAUCGUCAGUCAUUACAUUGGGGAAGGUUGUAAUUCUGAGAUAUUUUAACCUUCAUAUCGAUGGAUCCUGUAACUCAGCUGCUGAGUCUUUGAACUUUAAGCACCAUGUUUCUGGCCCCACACAUAUAAAAGGCCACACGCUGGAUCUUGCUUUCUCCCGGGGUUUAAAAACAAAUGAUGCAUGUGUGAAAAAUGUACAUGUGAGAGACCACAGCUGUAUAUUUUUUAGUCUGUCAUUUGUUCUGGAUCCUUCACUUCAUAAAUUGAUGAUUCACAGGUGGAUUAUAAACCAGGAUCCUGCUGAGAGGGUCCCUGCCUUUUUUGAUGCCAACAUGACUCAUAGUGAUUUUCACACAUUUAUUUUGUCCUUUAACAAUGAAUGUAAGUCUACUUUUAACACACUGGCACCCCUAAAACAAAGAAUUGUCAAAUAUUCAAG